AUGGCUAGCUCCUCUGGUUUUUCAAACCUCCUACGUAGCCAACUUCCUGUAGACCUUGAUUCACCCGAACCCUUUUGGUUCGGGUCCGAACUUCCUGAUGAGUCUCCUAUCCCAGUCCCUGAAGUCCCUGAAGUCCAUGAAGUCCCUGAAGAGUCUAGUGUUAAUAAGGAGAGGAGGAAAUUUUCUCCCAUAGAGGAUAAGAUCCUAAUUGGUGCUUGGCUUAACACGAGCAAGGACCCUAUCGUCGGCAAUGACCAGAAAGCUGGUGCUUUCUGGAGGCGUAUUGUAGACUACUACAACGCAAACCCUCACCUCGUUGGGCAAAUACCGAGAGAGAUACCUUCGUGCAAGCAGAGGUGGUCUAGGAUCAACGAGCAAGUAGGCAGGUUUACUGGAUGUUAUGAUGCGGCUCUGAGGGCGCAGAGAAGUGGCCAAAACGAUGAUGAUGUGAUGAAAGCCGCCUUAGACCUAUUCUUCGUCAGGUACAACAACAAGUUCGUCAUGGAUCACUGCUGGAGGGAGCUGAGGUAUGACCAGAAAUGGUCAUCCAACUAUGUGCCUAAGGAGGGUGGAAAGGAAAAGCGGAAACAAGUGUUGGAGGUUGAUAGAGAACCUGAGGCUAGACCUAUCGGUAUAAAGGCUGCCAAAGCUGCCAGUUUGAAGAAGAAGAAUCCUAGAGAAGUGGAGUUGUCAAAGCUACAAGGCGUGUUAGAACUGAAGGAAAAAGUGUCUAGGAAUAAAGUCCUUGAAUGCUUGCUUGCGAAGAAAAAGCCACUGUCUGAGAUCCAGGAGAAGCUAGUGUCGAAACUACUAUCUGAAAUGUCAAGAAGUCACGGGAGAAGCGGAGAAGAAGUCACGGGAGAAGAGGAGAAGAAGUCACGGGGGUGA